ACCAAUUCGAUAUCUGGAUGAGCAGUGGAGACUGUGCUAACCUAUGGUGCUAACGUACACUGCAGACCUGCUUCCCGCUUCUGGGAACUUUUUCGGAGCAGUCCCUGAAGGCAGCAUUCCCUAGCAACAGCAGUCUAACGUUAGUUUCUCGGCUAGAUUUUUCUGUCAACUUUCUUUAAGGAAAUGCCCUGAAAAAAGGGAUCAAGAAAGCGGAGACUGACGACAGAAAGCCAAGAAAUAUACGAGAAAAAGACAAAUACAGAACUAUGGCGGAUAAAAACGGUUCUGACGACAAAGAGACGUCAUUAUAUUUGACACAAAUUCAAUAUCUGGACGAGCAGCUGGAGAGAUGUCAGUUUAAAUGUGACGAGCUGGAGAAACAGAACAAGGACCUCGUCUCUCAGUACGGAGCGCUGGAGAAGUUAAAGACAGACAUCAUUGAGUACCUAAAAUGCUCCGUGGUUGCAAAACAGAGGAUGGUGGACGAGCUGGCUGAGCAGCUGUCUGAGCAGCAGCAGGCUGCCGAGGAGGAGCGAGAGGCCCUGAAGCUGCAGCACAGCCAGCAGAUACAGGAGCUCCAGGAGCAAGUCGACAGACUUAACUCAGAGAGCAUGAUACAGGCGGCAAGGUUUGAGGAGCAGCAGGAGCAGAAGGAGCAGCUGAUGCAGCAGCUGUCCGACAUGGAGUCGCUGGAGAAGCAGCUGGUCAGUCAGCAGGAAGAGCAUGAAGCUGCCAUCCACAGGCUGAUGAUAGAAGCAGAGUUGGAGAGGGAAAAGAUUGAGGAGAGACAUAGCACGGUGGACAACUACAUUAAGACAAAGACCUCAAAAAUUCUUCGGGAGGAGAGGGCUCAGCACAGUGAGCGACUGGAGAAGGUCCAGCUCCUGCUGAACGAGAACAUGGAUCUGUGGGAGGAGAACGACGCCCUGCGAGGCAGCGAAAGCCGUCUUUGCUUUGAGAUAGACGAGCUGAAGAAUGAUCUCACCAAGAUGACCCAGGAAAGCCUCAACCGCAAGAAGGAGGCGGAGCAGCUGACGAAGAAGCGCCAGCAGCUGGAGGUGGAGCUAAAGGACUGUAGCAUGACCAAUCAGCACAUGCUGGCCAAGGAAGAGGAUCUCAGACAGAGCCUGGUCUCAGUAUCAGAGGAGUGCCAUCAAAAAACAGCCGAGGCACGUCAGCUGAGGGCCGAGAUCCAAAAUGAGAGGAGCAGGAAGAGGCAGCUGGAGGGCGACAUGCAGGAAGCAGUCAUCAUUCUCAGAAACAUCCUGGAGGACUCAGAGAAGGCCUCCGAGACUCAGUGGAAGAUGCAGAUGCUGCAGGAGCUCCUGGAGAGCCCCACCCCCCAGGCAACAGGCUCCGCCCUCAAGGACUCCACCGAGAAGAGCAGUCGAGGACAGAAACCGCAGACCUCUGACCCCGAACCAGCCAGAGCAGAGACCCUGAACCUGGCCACAGAUCCGUUGUUCCUGAUGGUCCGCUACAGGCCAGGCGACCUCGGCCUCGUACCUCGACCCACGUGGAAACACAAACCAGCCAUCUCCAGGACGGGUGCUCCUUCCACCAGCACCCAGCUGCCUCUCAACAGGAAACUCUGCAGUCAGAAAACAUCCAGCUCUGUUGAUCCGUCAGACCCGGCUCCUCAGUCUGACCCAGCUGACCCGGCUCCUCAGUCUGACCCGGCUCCUCAGUCUGACCCAGCUGACCCGGCUCCUCAGUCUGACCCUGCUGACCCGGCUCCUCAGUCUGACCCGGCUCCUCAGUCUGACCCUGCUGACCCAGCUGACCCGGUUCCUCAGUCUGACCCUGCUGACCCUGCUGACCCUGUUGACCCGGCUCCUCAGUCUGACUCGUCUGACUCGUCUGACCCGCCUCCUCAGUCUGACCCGGCUCCUCAGUCUGACUCUUUUGACCCGGAUCCUCAGGCUGACCCAGCUGACCCGGCUCCUCAGUCUGACCCAGCUACUCAGUCUGACCCAGCUGACCUGGCUCCUCAGUCUGACCCGGCUCCUCAGUCUGACCCAGUUGACCUGGCUCCUCAGUCAGACCCGGCUCCUCGGUCUGACCCGGCUGACCUGGCUCCUCAGUCAGACCCUGCUGACCCAGCUGACCCAGCUGACCCAGCUCCUCAGUCUGACUCGUCAGACCUGGCUCCGUCAGACCCGGCUCCUCAGUCUGACCCGUCUAAUUUACAGUGAUUAAAACAAAGGAAGUGGGAAAUUCCCACAUUUGAGACCCUCGAACCAGAGAAUAUAUUGCAUUUUUUCUUGAUAAA